AACGGAAGUGAUCGGCUGUGUCUUCACUGCUGCUAGGUUCACACAAAUUUUUUCUCUCAAAAUUGUCAGCUUUCGCGAAUGGUUUGCAUUCUCUUCUACAUAUUAAGGUAUUAGACUCAUGGGCUCAAAAAGGAGAAGGGCUACGUCCCCCUCUAGUAGUGUCAGUGGGGGGGACUUUGACGAUGGACAGCCUUCAUCCUCAGCAUCUUCGGUAGGUCGGAAAAGGAGAAGAACCUCAAACAUUCCCACUGUUGAUCCAAUUGCAGUAUGCCAUGAAUUGUACAACACAAUCAGAGAUUAUAAGGAUGACCAGGGAAGAAUGUUAUGUGAGCUGUUCAUAAGAGCACCCAAGAGACGGAAUCAAUCGGAUUACUAUGACGUUGUGACUCAGCCCAUUGACAUGAUGAAGAUCCAGCAGAAGCUGAAGAUGGAGGAAUACGAUGAUGUGGAGCAGAUAACGGCUGACUUUCAGCUCUUAUUCAACAAUGCAAAGGCGUACUACAAGUCGGAUUCUCCAGAGUACAGAGCAGCCUGCAAGCUGUGGGACCUCUACCUGCGUACCAAGAAUGAGUUUGUUCAGCGGGGGGAUUAUGAUGACGAUGAUGAGGAUGGGGAUGAUGCACAAAAUAAUCCUGGAGGGUCAAAUGAGGAUGAGAAUGCACCCAAUUGCUUGAAGGAGGUCCUUGAGCAGCUGCUGGAUGCUGUGGUGACAUUCUCCGAGCCCUCAGGGCAUCUAGUCAGUGAUCUAUUCCAGAAACUGCCCUCAAAAGUGCAAUACCCAGACUAUUAUGCCAUAAUAAAGGACCCAAUAGAUCUGAAAAUCAUUGCCCAGAAGAUACAGAUGAGCCACUACAGAAGUGUUGGUGCCAUGGCAAAAGAUAUAGAUCUUCUGGCUAAGAAUGCCAAAAUGUACAAUGAGCCUGGGUCACAAGUUUUUAAGGAUGCCAACACCAUCAAAAAGGUCUUUGCACAGAGAAAGACAGAAAUGGAGCAUGCUGAACCAAUCAAGUCCAGUAUUCGCAUCAGGAACAGAAGGUCAGCCCAGGGAGACCGGCUCUCGGCUAUUACCAUGGCUCUUCAGUAUGAUAGUGAUGACGAUGGCAUUCUGGCUGGGUCUGUCCACUAUGACGAGGGGGAGUCAGAGGCAGAGAGCAUGCACCACAGCAUGGACAUGAGUAACCCCAUCUUCCAGCUGUACGAGGCUGUGCGUGGCGGCAGGAACAGCCAGGGCCAGCUCAUCUCCGAGCCCUUCCUCCAGCUGCCCUCCAGGAAAGACUACCCAGACUACUUCCAGCAGAUCAGCCAGCCCAUCUCCCUGCACCAGAUUAGGAACAAGAUGAAGAACAACGAGUAUGAGAGUGUUGAUCAGCUAGACGCCGACCUCACUCUGAUGUUUGAGAACGCCAAGCGCUACAAUGUGCCUCAUUCCUCUAUCUAUAAGCGUGUGCUGAAACUCCAGCACAUUCAGCAGCUAAAGAGAACAGAGCUAUUGAGGAGGGAGGACGACAGCAUGGAUGGGGACAGCAUGCUCUCUUCUACCAUGUCUGAUACUGGCAGCACUAAGAGGAAGAGCCAUAAGAAGAACACCAAGAAGAACCGGAUGAAAGCCCUGUACUCCGCAGUGACGGAGGCCCGGGAGAUGGGCACAGGCCGGAGGCUCUGUGAGCUCUUCAUGAUCAAGCCUUCCAAGAAGGACUACCCGGACUACUACAAGAUCAUCCUGGAGCCCGUGGACCUGAGGAUCAUCGACCACAACAUCCGCUCUGAGAAGUACAUGACAGAGGAAGCUCUGCUGGAGGACAUGAAGCUCAUGUUCCGCAACGCACGCCACUACAACGAGGAGGGCUCACAGGUCUAUAACGAUGCCAACGUCCUGGAGAAAGUCAUAAAAGACAAACGGAGGGAUCUUGGCCCAACGCCUGACGAUGAUGACAUGUCACCAAAGUUGAAAAUAAGGAAGAGUGGCAUCACGCCUAAGAAGUCCAAGUACCUGACCCCCCUGCAGCAGAAGCUGAACGAGCUGUACGAGGCGGUGAAGAACUUCACAGACAAGCGUGGCCGCCGCCUCAGCACCAUCUUCCUGCGGCUUCCGUCGCGCGCCGAACUGCCCAACUACUACAUCGCCAUCAAGAAGCCCGUGGACAUGGAAAAGGUCAGGAGCCACAUGCUGGCCAACAAGUACCAGGAUGUGGACGCGCUAGUGGAGGACCUGGUGCUGAUGUUCAACAAUGCCUGCACCUACAACGAGCCAGAGUCUCUGAUCUACCGCGACGCUCUUGUGCUGCACCGUGUUCUGCUGGAGACCCGCCGGGACCUGGAGGGAGGCGAGGACGCCCAUGUGCCCGACGUGGCCCGCCUCAUCCAGGAGCUCAUCCGCAGCCUCUUCGUCUCCGUGCUUGGUCACCAGGAUGACGAGGGGCGUUGCUACAGCGACUCGCUGGCUGAGAUCCCCGCUACUGACCCCAGCAGCCCCGACAGACCGCCGCUCAACUUUGAGAUCAUCAGAGCUAACGUGGACCGGGGGCGCUACAAGAGACUGGACGUGUUUCAGGAUCACAUGUUUGAGGUGCUGGAGAAGGCCAGGCGCAUGCACAGGACGGACUCUGAGAUCUUUGAGGAUGCGGUGGAGCUGCAACAGUUCUUCAUCCGGAUCCGAGAUGAGCUGUGUAAGAAUGGAGAGAUCCUGCUCACCCCCGCCCUCAGCUACACCUCCAAACACCUGCACAGCGACGUGGAGAAGGAGAAGAAGGAGAAGCUGCCCAAGGAGAUAGAGGAGGACAAGCUCAAGAGGGAGGAGGAGAAAAAAGAAGCUGAGAAGAGUGAGGACCCUGCUGGAGGGGCGUGGCAGUCUGGUCUCCAGCGUACCUACAGCCAGGACUGCAGCUUCAAAGACAGCAUGUACCACGUGGGAGACUAUGUGUACGUGGAGCCUGCUGAGCCCAACCUGCAGCCACAUAUCGUCUGCAUUGAGCGCCUGUGGCAGGAUGAUGCAGGUGAGAAGUGGCUGUAUGGCUGCUGGUUCUACAGGCCGAAUGAAACCUUCCAUCUCGCUACACGGAAGUUCCUGGAGAAGGAGGUCUUCAAGAGCGACUACUUCAACAAGAUUCCUGUCAGCAAGAUACUGGGCAAAUGUGUUGUCAUGUUUGUUAAGGACUACUUUAAGCUUCACCCAGAGGGCUUCAGGGCAGACGAUGUGUAUGUCUGUGAGUCUCGCUACUCAGCCAAGACCAAGUCCUUCAAGAAGAUCAAGAUGUGGACCAUGCCCCUGAGCUCCGUUAGGUUUGUCCCUCGGGGCGUACCGUUGCCUGUAGUCCGGGUUGCAUCCAUGUUUGCCCCUAAGCAAGAAGAAGAGAAGCCUGCAGAGAUACAAGAAGAGGGCAAAGCCUUGGACACUAUGGAUAAGGAGAGGGAGGAUGUAAUCCUGGACAUGACCAAUGGGGAGCCAGGCUGCCAGUACUAUGAGCAGCUCUGCUACAAUGACAGCUGGCUGAAAGUGGGAGACUGCAUCUAUAUUCGCUCACAUGGACUAGUGCGCCACCGAGUAGGCAGGAUUGAGAAGAUGUGGAUGCGGGACGGAGCGGCCUACUUCUUUGGGCCCAUUUUCAUCCACCCAGAGGAGACAGAACACGAGCCCACCAGGAUGUUCUACAAGAAGGAAGUGUUCCUUAGCAACCUGGAGGAGUCUUGCCCCAUGACCUGUAUCAUAGGGAAGUGUGCGGUGUCCUCCUUCAAGGAGUACCUUUCGUGCCGGCCCACUGAAGUGCCUGAGGAGGACGUUCUGCUUUGUGAGAGUCGCUACAUCGAGAGUGACAAACAGAUGAAGAAGUUCAAGGGCCUGAAGCGCUUCUCCCUCUCUGGGAAGGUGGUGGAGGACGAGAUCUAUUACUUCAGGAAGCUGAUCGUGCCCCAGAAGGAGCCAUCCCCUCUGCUGGACAGGAAGAUCGCAGUGCUGGAGGCCAAGUUUGCCGACAUGACAGAUGAGGAGUUGGAGGACCUGGGGGAGGAUGAUGGGGAGCUGGGAGACACCUCCAUACCUCAGCUCCAGAGUCCCAUGGCAGGCAGCGACAUGGACAUGCCUUACACCCCUCCACAGGUCAGAGCAGCAACAUACACUGGGCAAAUGUGUGGUCAUGUUGUGAAGUCCACUCCCAAGUCCAUGAAGGGGAUGUCCAAGAAGGAGGGCUCCAAGAGGAAGAUUAACAUGAGUGGCUACAUCCUGUUCAGCAGUGAGAUGCGAGCGGUCAUCAAGGCGCAGCACCCAGACUUCUCCUUCGGGGAACUCAGCCGUCUGGUGGGCACCGAGUGGAGGAACCUGGAGUCUCCCAAGAAAGCUGAGUAUGAGGAGCGAGCAGCUAAAGUGGCCGAGCAGCAGGAGCGGGAGAGGGCAGCCCAGCAGCUGGCUUUCCCUAGAGCAGGCAUGAUGGGUACAUAUAUGCCACACAUGAUGCUGCAGGACCUAGUUGACGGCAUGUUUAGUAUGACUGGCAUGCCACCACAUCACAUGAGGUUGCCUCUCUUGCCCCAUCAUCACCUAAUGCCAGGCAUCCCUGGGUUCCCUGGCAUGCCAUACCCGGGUGUCAACACGGGUGCUCCUGGAGCCUAUGGAUCCCAGAUGAUUGGUCUUGGGCAGCAGGCCCCGCCACCCUAUCCAGGACAGGGCCAGCCUGCCCUCCAGCAGCCCUCAACACCCAUAUUUGUAGCCCCGCCACCCAAGCCCCAGCGCCUGCUCCAUUCGGAGGCGUACCUGAAGUACAUUGAGGGACUCAAUGCAGAGUCCUCCACCAUCAGCAAGUGGGACCAAACUCUCUCAGCUCGAAAGAAAGAUGUGCGGCUGACCAAAGAGCAGGAGAGCCGGCUGCCGUCCCAUUGGCUGAAGAGCAAGGGCGCCCAUUCCACCAUGGCGGACGCACUGUGGCGCCUGCGAGACCUGAUGCUGCGUGACACAAUGAACAUCCGCCAGACGUACAACCUGUAGAAUGUCUGAGCCACUGCUCCUUACACUGUCAGACAGGAAAGGGGGUUUAGGCUCAUUUAAACUAAACUUAAAAAAGUGUUAAUGUUAUGUUAGAGUUGUCAUUCGUUUGUAGAAUGGUUAAAUGAGCUUGCUUACUCUGUUCAAGCUGUUUUGUAUUUGCAUCUUAAUUGUUCUAACAAGUGCAUUAUUAUUGUAUUAAAUGUUUCUCUGUGAUGGAUAAACGUUUUCAUAAAAAAUGAAGAA